UUGCACUUAUCGCACAGACUCUCUCUCAAAGCCAACUGGCGAUUUUGAUUGAUUCACAUAAGAAAAGAACAAGAGGGAGAAAGGAUUGAGGAAAGGACAAAAGUAGUCUAGGAGAGGAUUUGAGUGUGAUUCAUUUCGUCUUAUCCGCUCUACCCUCUUUCUAUUCUCUUUAUACACACAACAGCUUCAAAAGUUUGCAUGUAUGUGAAAAUCCAAGUGAGAAAAAGAGAGUGUUCCUUUUCAUUGUUCAUAGCAAAUUCAUUUCCUUUUCUAUCUUUGUUACACACAAGGAGAGGGUUGUCAAGAAAACACGCAUUUUGUAGUUUGGUUGGAGAAAGAGUGUGAUAAUGAAUGUAUCAGCUUCACAAUGUGGUAGUGGUUGUGAGUCUGGUUGGACUCUUUACUUAGAUCAAUCCUCUUAUUCUCAAACUCGGUAUCAAAACUUUGGUGGGAACUUUGAUGAGGAUUAUGGAGGAAAAGGAGCUAGAUUCGUGGUUGAAGAUGAGGAGGAGGAUUUAUCCAUGGUGUCUGAUGCAUCUUCUGGCCCAAGACAUUAUUGCGAAGACUAUAAGGGAUGCCUAGAUGAAAAUGGAAGCUUCUGUUCUGCUCCUGUAGCCCCUGAACCAUCCAAGAAAAGCGACAAAAAUAAAAAGAAAAUAAAAAAACAUGGUAGCAAUCAACAGCAUUCUUAUCUUGAUGACACUGCCAGCUCCCCUGUAAUAAGCUUUUCCAAGGCAAGUUUCACAUCCUGACUACAAUUUUCUUACUGUAUACC